CGCGAACCGUUUUUCUCUUUCGUUUUCUCCUCGCCCGACCGAUUCCAACGCCUCCUCCUCCCCCAUUCCCCUGCGGCCAUCCUCUGCCCCGCCACACAGCGGCCGCCGUCGCCUCCUCCACCACGUCGCAAAUUUAUGUACCCCGCCUCUCGCGUCACAGGCUCACAGCCGCCGCCCCAGUCCCGCUGUUGUACCCCGGUCACGAGCCGCAGCCGCCGAUCCCCGCACGCGAUCCGCCGCCGUCGCGCCCGUUCGCGAGCUGCUGCCCCUCCCCCAGACCGCGUCGCCGUCCUGCCCCUCCUCCGCCGCAGCCAGUCCAGGGAGGCGUCGUCCCGGUGUCGGCGCUGCUGCUGGAGUCCGUUGAGGUGGAGGCAGCAAGCGGGAAGGAGGAGAAGACGCCCAUGCCGUGCUCGAUCUUCUUCGACUCGGUCGUCCCCGACGGUCUACGGCGAGGUUGCAGUGCGGCCACGAGUUCCGCCUCAGUAAAUGAUGGAUUCUGAAGGCAAGGCUCAACUGGUGGCUGACACUGAGCUAUACUAUGACAUGUUGAAUACUGUUGCAUAUCCUACAUUCACUAAUAUCCCAUCAGUGGAUUCCUUCAAGCAAAGCUGCCAGAUGAAGCCAUAUUAUCUGAGGCUGUUGAAUCUCAUCCUGUGCAAGAUUGGUUUAACACAACUGCUGGUGUUGGGGAUCCAGAUGCGCUCUUUCUGGCUUUGAAGUUCCAAGAAAUAAAUAAUGUUCAGAGGGACAUAUUUUGGAAGCUUCUGCCAUAUAAUAUUCAUUCAGUCCUGACGAUAUUUUCACUGAAGUGCAUCUUCUAUCUUUUGCUACUUGUUUAAAGGUAAUUUUAGGUAACUUACAGUUCAGGGCGAAUUAGGAUUCCGGUCGGCUUGUGCACUGGCAUUCCGGUCCACUUCUUUCCCUUUCGGUGCCAUUAGGAUCCAACUGGUGAACUUGAAAUUUCAUACAAAUUCGAUCGAAGAACAAUAUGUCACGAAAAGUUCUGACUGUAUAGUACAGAGAUGCACUACAUACAGACAAAGUUUCAUGAAGUUUUUUUUUCAUUUCUGGGCUUAAAAAAAGCAAACAUGUUGAUCUAUAAAAAAAUGUUUGUUAUUCCAGGUCGACACAUUUGUAUUUUUUAGCACAACAAUGAAGAUAUUUUUAAUUAACACAUCUACGUGUAUAUCAGUACAUGCGGAUUUUUCUACAACUUUUCAGACCUUAAAAUGUGUUUCUUUUGUUGAUCUAAAAUGUGUUUAUUUAUUUUGAAAAGCAGCUCAGUAGCCAUUUCGUUUCCGAGAAAGCACUAAGCUAAGCAAUGACUAUCAUGCAUUCAUACGUGAGGUCAGCACACUUAAAUUUCCAGUAAGGCGACUUUAACCUGUGGUGCCACACUCUUCGUUGGUACUCCCUCCUCUCCGAUCCUCCGCUCCAUGAUACCAAAAUUGUUCUGAGACACUUAUUAUGGAUCAGAGAGAGUACGAUUUUUCUUGCAAUUGCACGUUUUGAAGUUGUGAUCUUCUUUGUCAUGAUACUUCCUCCAGCUCAUAAUAAGUGAUUUUAUUGACAAUGACACGUUAUUUUCAACACUAAUUUGACAUUUUCUUGCAAGUGCAUGUUUUGAAAUUGAGAUCUUCCUUGCAAUUAGGAAGGAGCACUGCAAGAUAUUUCCAGGCAAAAACAGUUCACUUCCACUCAAAGAGAAAAAGAAUAGUUCACUUGUAGGAAGAGAAAAAGAAUACUAUGGAAAAACAAAAGAGAGAAAUAAUUGUUCACUUGUAGGAAGCGUCUAUGUGAAAUUACGCUUUAGGAGCUACGUUUGUGUAACACCUGCAGCGGUAACUGAAAAUACGCUUCGCAGCCCACCCUAGUUCGUCCACGUCGCCGUCCUGCCCUGCCGGCGGUGGCACCGGCCCUCCGGCCGUCGGCGGGGGCGUCAGGCUCCGUUAAGGGAGGAUGGUUGCUUCUGCUUCUGCAGCAGCCACGCGAGGGGCAUGGCUCGAAGAGCGGGUGGCGGCAUGAGGGGGCCCUUGGAGACGCCGCCGCUGCCGACUUUGGGCGAGUACCAUGAUCCACGCGGCGGGCGGCGGCGGCGGGCGGCGGCCUGUCGCGCGAGAUGCGGCGCUAAUUGCGCCGUAUUAGGCGGAGGACCGCUCGGGCUGCCGCAACAACGGCGACGCGAUUGGAUCGGCUAAGCGGAGGAGCGAAGAAGAGACCGGCGCAGAUGUAUGAUAAUGUGCCUGCUGCGCAUUGGAUCUCCAUUACAUUGUGCAUUGGCAACACCCGUGGGUGGCACCACACCUCUGGCGCUGCCAGGCUGCCCCGACAAGUGUGGCGAUGUGCUUAUCCCUUACCCCUUCGGCAUUGGAGCACAAUGCGCGGCAGUCAACCUCAACAGCUUCUUCAAUCUCGGUUGCAACAACGCCUCCCACCCACCGCGGCCGACUGUGGGUGGCCCAGUUGACGUGGCUGUUGACGUCGUCGAUAUCUCACUGGAGCACGGCGAGUUACGUGUGCUUGUCCCCGUGAGCUACAUCUGCUUCACAUCAAGUGCCACCGUGUCGGCAACCAACAAUGACACCGUGCGGUUCAGCCUGGAGAACACACCAUUCCUCCCAUCCCCCGGCCGCAACCGUUUCAUGGUCAUUGGUUGCAACACCUUGGGGCUCAUUGGCGGUUUCCGCGGGGAAACGAGCCAGUACCUCGCUGGCUGCUACUCCUACUGCGAUGGCACCAGUGGUGCAUCAGACGACGGAGCACCAUGCACCGGGACGGGCUGCUGCGAGGCAUCCAUCCCGACCAACCUCACCACCUUCAAUGUGGCAUUCCCGAUUAACAGUAGCAGCGUGUGGGGAUUCAACCCGUGCUUCUAUGCCAUGAUCGCCGAGGUCGGGUGGUACAGCUUCCAACGCCGAGACCUUGUUGGCCAGCUUGGGUUCGUCAACGAGAAGGCAAAGAAUGGUGCACCUGUCAUCGUGAACUGGGCUGUCAGAAACGGCUCAUGCUCAGAGCCAAGAAACUAUGCAUGUGUCAGCGCAAACAGUUUCUGCCAGACUGCGGGCAAUGGACCCGGGUACUUGUGCCAGUGCUCCCCAGGGUAUGAGGGCAACGCCUACCUCCACAACGGCUGCCAAGAUAUAGAUGAAUGCAUGUUGCACAGGCAGGACCCCAAAUACGAAGAAUUGUAUCCCUGUAGGAAUGGGGUCUGUCGCAACACUCCAGGAGGCUACGAUUGUAAAUGCAAGAAAGGAACAAAGUCCGAUGGCACAAAUUCUGGAUGUCAGUCUCUGCAUACUCGAGGUCAACAGCUGGCUAUAGGACUGAGUGUAUCUGCCAUUGUGAUAAUAUCUUUGGCAUUCUUUUUGGCUAUGCGAUUACAAAGGAAAAGGCACAAGGAGGAGAAAGAUGAGUAUUUCAAACAAAAUGGAGGGCUCAGGUUAUAUGAUGAGAUGAGAUCAAAGCAGGUUGACACAGUUCGAAUACUCACAGAAAAGGAGGUCAAGAAAGCUACUGACAACUACAACGAAGAUCGAGUUCUUGGAUGUGGCGGCCAUGGAAUGGUGUACAGGGGUACUCUGGAUGACCAGAGAGAGGUCGCCAUAAAGAAGUCCAAGGUAAUCAACGACAACUGCAGGGACGAGUUUGUCAAUGAGAUCAUAAUCUUGUCGCAGAUCAACCACCGAAACAUUGUGAGGUUACUAGGCUGUUGCCUGGAUAUAGAUGUCCCAAUGUUGGUCUACGAGUUCGUCUCCAACGGGACACUAUAUGAGUUUCUUCAUGGUAGUGCUGAUCACAAUCUGUCACCAAUUCCUCUGGAUCUACGCCUGAAGAUUGCUACACAAUCAGCAGAAGCUCUUGCUUACUUGCACUCAUCGACAUCUCGCACAAUCCUACAUGGGGACGUCAAAUCCGCCAACAUUCUGCUGGAUGAUCAGUACCACGCCAAGGUUGCAGACUUUGGGGCGUCAGCGCUCAAGUCCAUAGACGAAAGCGAGUUCAUCAUGCUUGUCCAGGGGACCCUCGGUUACCUUGACCCCGAGAGUUUCAUCAGCCACCUCCUCACUGACAAGAGCGAUGUCUACAGCUUCGGGGUCGUUCUUCUCGAGCUGAUGACAAGGAAGCGGGCUUUGUACGUCGAUAAUCACUCCAGCGAAAAGAAAUCAUUGUCCCACAAUUUCCUCCUGAUGUUCGACGAGGACAGGCAUCAGGUGAUGCUGGACCCUGAGAUUGCAGACGAUGCUGCAGCCAUGGCGGUCAUCAAGAAUCUUGCUGUCCUUGCUGUGCACUGUCUGAGUGUUAGAGGAGAAGACAGGCCGACGAUGACAGAGGUUGCGGAGCGUCUGCGGGUGUUGAGGAGACACCAGGUGCAAGGAGCCGGUGAAGACAAAAGCAAUAGUUACUUUGGUAGCAAUGGAGGAGCGCCAUCAGAGGAGUCGGAGGUUCUCCCUUUGGAAGAGAUGACUGAUGACGGGAACCUUGGAGGCUUGGAGAAGGGCAAACUGGUGCUGGCCCUGUAGACUGUAGUGUAGUAGGUUCUUCAAUCGUCUAUACACUUAAUUCCUGUGUUUGAGGGAUGUGAUAAGACAACAGUAUGAUACUCUUUUGAACUUUUUUUAGACUUCUAGAUGUUAUUUUGGAUAAGUUUCUUGUGGGAGUCUUGGUGUUUUGUUUGAACGUAAACUAAAUACCAAAUCUCCUAGAAAUACCCUUACUCCAAAAUACCUUUUUGAGUUGUUUCUUCUGUAAUAAACUAGCAAGAGGGGGACAUGAGUUCUGCAGGGCUAUGGCUACGGCCUCCUGUGAGCCUGGAAUAUUUGUAGAAAUUAAAAGGUUUAUUAGUUUCAAAAGAGGUUCACCCAACCAAA